AUGAGGUUGUGGCGACGAGACUACUCCAAAUACGUCGGCUGGCGUUCGGCCGCCUCGGACGAUUCGUCCUCCCGCACGGACGCCUUCAUGACCGGCCAGCUCGGCAGACCCGGACUUGGCGGGUUCCGGUCGGCCGACUUGCCGGCCCGACGGCCCGGCUUCGUCCGGCUCCUCUUCCGAUUCGACCGCACCUACCUCUUCCACUCGGUCCGCCUCUUCUCGGCCAACAACUACGCCGUCGACAUGGCCGCUCCGGCCUGCGUCGAGGUGCAUCUGUACCGCCGGGACCCGCGACUCGACGCCGACGACGGCCCGUCCGCGGGUACGUCUGCCUCGGGACGGUCGGUCGUCGUCGUCAGGACGCUGGAGCCGGACCGCCGUAAUCUGGCCAGCCGCUGGUUGGACGUCGACCUUCGGCCCGACUGUCCCAGCCCCGACGCCCGCACCAGCUUGCCGGCCACAGACUUGGCCCGAUCGGCUGGCGAUGGCAACGGCGACGGCGACGGCGACGGCGAUGGUGACGGCCGAACUCUCAUCAGACGGCCCCAGGCGUUCGGACAACUCGAGUCCAUUCGUCUCGAGAAUGACGAGGUUCGCGAGAGCUAUCGCUGUGUUGCCCAGUUUGUCGAGUUGCGACUGCAUUUCAGCACGGCUUGGAUAGCGAUCAGCGAGGUGAAAUUCGACAACCGUAAGUUGCCGCCAAAAGGCUAUAUUUCAUAUAUAUAG